CUGCGGGCCGAGACGGAGCAGCCAAGGGCAAAGAGCGCUUUAGGAAACCAGCUUCAAAGAAGGAAAUUACUACAAAGGAAUAACCUGAUCAAAUUCAUCAGAGCAGCAUUGAACAGUUUUGAUAGCCAUCACAAUCCCCAAGUGCUUCAAAAAGGAAUUAAUGAUAAAACAGUGAGAGGAGACAUGGGAUCCCCCCCUCAGCAAAACAAAUACUUAGGACAUGCCUCACUAGCAGGCAUAGCAGUCUUGUAAACAGGACAGGUUGUAAAGCCUGGAGAUUUUAACUGCACUAUUGGACCCAGGUCUUGGCACCAGUGCAAAACAAGUUUGUGGCAGCUAGCAAGCUAAACACUUACCAAAAGCUGACAGCUACCCUAACCAGUAACUACAAACAACAAAUUAACAAAGAGGAUCUGACUCAUUACCAGAGAAUUAAGAGGAAAAUGGGACUAUUCCACACUUUAUACCUUCACAAUAGGCAAGAGGGCAUGUGGGGCGCGCACAGCCUGAGAGAUGGCUAAAAGAUUCUGCAGUUGCAUACCAACCAGCAAUGGGAUUCAGAUGGACUCAUUAUUGAAGAACAGGAAAAGAAAAUGACUUCUGCUGAGAAGCUAUCAUCAAGUUCUGAAAUGGAGAAAGCCAAGGUUGCUUCACUGCCUCCCUGUGCAAAUCCUGGCAAUCCUGUGUUCUCCUGCAUGUUGGAUCCGAAGACAUUAACUACCAAUAAUGUUUUGACAAAACCUCAGCUUUUAUUAUUUAAAACAACUUCAAGUGAAUAUGGUGCCAUACCACCUACCUCACAGAUGGUACCCUGUAAAUACCAUGCAAAAGUUCAAACAUUUUCAAAACAACUAUUAACUUGUGGAUUGCGACAACACAAUUAUAUCAACACUGCCAUUGACAAAAGUAGGGUCUAUGACUACCCAAACCUGCAGCAUACUCUGUAAAAUUGUGUUCCUGAAUUUUUCCUUUAUUUGCUGAAAGACUAGCCUUCUAGAUUUGGCUUGUUAUUUUUAUUAUACCCAAUUAUUUUAUUAAUAGUAUCAGAUAAGAUGGAGACAAUGUAAGUGACUAUUUCCAAAUAUUUUUUCUGCAUUCAAGUAAAACAUACAAAUGUUAAAUAAAAGCUCUUGAAUUUAACUUGA